AUGCUCCUCUCCAACACAGCCCUUGUGGCUCGACAUGCUCCAUGGUCGUUGGCUCCAAGUGGGCAGACAACUCCCACAACUGUGCAGGUCUUGGCCAACGAGUGUGGGCCCCAUGGCAUUGGGUUGGCCAACCAGCUCGGCACGGUAGUCUUGGAUCAGCUCGAUGUUGUGGCUGACCACCCAUGUCCCCCAACGAGCGUUGCCCUAACCUCUCUGCAACCCAAUCUCUCAGCAUUGGAUGUGGAGUGGCGUCUACUUGUCGAACUUCAGAAUGCCAAUCUGAGCUGCUCUUCAUUUGCAGCACUCAGUGGCACCAUCUUCUUUGAGAAUCGUUCGUGGUCGUUGAAAACAGACUCUUUUGGACGCGCCAUUUUGGCCCUACCUCUCAACAACACCGCCGUUGACCUUCUGCCGGCAACCCAUCAUGCUGUUGUGCGGAUCCCAGGAGCGGGCACCGCCAACUUGACACAGGUCAUGCAGCCCCCUCGCAGCACCUCCGGGCAAAUCACACGCCCAAGCGCGAGUCUAGUCGAAGUGACAUACCCAUCCGGGCCCAUCACCCCCAAUACCACAUUUCGUCUGCAGCUGCAUCUUCUCCAUACCGAGAGCCUGUAUACCGCGCGCCUGCGUCUCAACACCAGUCUGCCCAUACGCGUGCGCAGCAGCACCUUAACGCCAGGUUUGCAGCACCGUGUUGUGCAGACCGAUCGUGUCCUUGGACUUUUCCUGGCACGGGCGGGCAACACCACCGACCCAGAAGUGGCGAUCAAUCGCACCACGGCCCUUCUUAAUCUUGAUAUCGAGCUCAAGCUGCCCCUGAAUAGCACCAUUGGUUCUCUCGCGAUGAUUUUACACAUACUUGAGUAUACCACCCGCACCGGCCUUCCCGUGCGUCCGUCUCCCGCCAACAGCCCAGCCAGUGCCAUAGACCUGCCUGCGCCCAUUCCCUUUGUGUUGACCGUUUCAACAAACCCAGUUGUGGCCCUCCGCGGUGCCACUGAUCGCCCUAUCAUUCUUCAAACGGCCCUGUUCGACGGCAAGACCAUUACCGGGCGCUUUCCCGUUCACGAGAUUUUGCGCAACGGCCAGAUCCUGAACCGCACUUCCGGCUAUCGCUGCAUCGUUGACGAUCCACUUCGACUGGCCCUGCAAUCCGACUGCCAAUACUCCCUCGAUCUAAAUCACCAAACACCAGGCCCCGUCACCGUCACAGUUCUCAAUACGCGCGCCCCUGGCGCCCAUGCUUUCAAAGUCUUUAUUGUCGUUCCCACAGCUUUGGAAAUUGCCACGCCUCAGGGGUGGGCAGGUCAAUACGCCAGCCUCCUCAACCCAAGCCUAGCCCCUCCCAUCCCUCUGACCAUCUGGGCCAACUUUAGCGGGCUCCAGGGCGGCACCGCACCGCUGUGGCUUGAUGUCCGCCCGCUUUUGCAUGAUCGAGUGGCCAUCACCACUGGCCCGAGCCAACUCACUUGGACGGCGGCAGGUGGAUUGUACCUAAGUCCUCAGGCCGCAGGCAUCAUAGAAGUAGAGGUCGCCCCAGCCUGGGCUGCGCUGCACACCAGUCUAUCGCUGACAGUUCAAGCUUAUUUUGAAGCCUACAGACUGCUGGCUCAAACUGCCAUGGUUAGCAGUGGUAGGUUGGCGUCCUCCACGCCGGGCCAAGUUAGCUAUGCUGGCAAUCCAACCGAACAUUCCACAGCAGCCUCAAAGCUACUGCUACCAUAUCUCGAGCUCGAUGGCGGAUUGGUGGGGCCACUCCUGGUGGAUCAAGUUCAGAUCGAGGGCACUGCUUGGCUUCUGGCAAAGCAAGCUAUAUACCCAAAUGCCACUCCUGCCGCCAGCACGGCGCGCGUACACCUAUUCAAUGACCCAACCGGGCCCAGCACCACCCUCGUCGACGAGGCACUGCCUUCCGCCACCCUGCUUUCGGUUCGCCUUGAGCGCACCAAAGUCACGCUUCUGAACAAUCUGACCGUGAGCCAGCUUGCCACAGGUCUACCCCCUUAUCGUGUCACUCUACCAUCUCUGAGACUCGAAUGGUCGGGAAACCUUUCAGAAAGCAUCGAGUGGUUUGAUACUCGUUUACACGUCACCACGUCUUCUCCUGGAGAUUGCCACUUGACAGUUGCUUAUCUCAACCGCACUGCACAGCUGAGCGUCUUUGUGGUUUCCGUGCUAGAUUUGGAGAUUGUCACCGUUGCGGGGUAUAGUUCUGCUCGGAGUUUGUCAGAGGCGCUGGAGGCCGAGCAUGCCUCCACACAAAUGCGGCGCAUCGCGCGUGCCAACACCUAUCAACAACUGGUGGCCUUUUAUGUUAUACGUCUCAGCAACGACAAACUGGUACACGUUCAGAACGGCGUGAGCUGGAGCGUGGCCACCGCUGCCCCCAUCUUUGUUGAAACUUCGCCGGUGUCAGAGGUCAUCAACUCGGGCGUGCGCAUCACGGAGAUUUUGGUCGCCGAAACAGAGCCUCUGAAAAUACGGAUGGAGACGGGUCAGGCCUAUCAGCUACGGGUGGGCCUGGCUUUUAGUGAUGGAUCCAAGAUCCAGGCCAGUGAUCUCUUUCCAAACAACACGUCGGGGCCAAUUUUCAAUGAUAUAAUUCGCUUUGAGCUUAUUGUCGCGCCCGCGGAGGUGACUGUUAACUCUGAGACGGGUGCCCUGUAUGCCACGUCCAAUACCUUGCCAUCCGACCCCGUGCGCAUUCGAGUGAUUGCUUUGGGCGAGGAUGGGGUUCAACACGAUUUGCUAGCUCAUAUCAACCUUGUUGCGUCCGUGGGCGACGCUGACUUGGGCUCACAAAGUAACGCAGCCCCGCUGGUGACAUUUGCCGAGAGCGAGCCCGUGAGCAUCCCGCUCCACGUGACAAGUCACUCCGGGUUCGGUAUCUACAGCUUCACUUUGGAUUGGGAUGCAGCCUACCUUCGUUUAGCGUCCUUUACCUGGGAUUCAAGCAUGCCUUGCUUUUCAGUUCUUCAAAAGAUGCAGGCUGCUGCUGAUAGUUUAUCGGUGUUUUUGGGCUGCCGCUUUCAUGCGUUGACCGUGCAAUCCAGUGUCCUGCCUUGCGCGUUCCGCCCGACGGCCUACUUUGAGCAAUUCACACAGGUAGCGUCAGUUCAACGAGUUCUGCCAUUCUCCCCUCAGGCGACACCACUUCACUUGAUGGGAACCUGGCGCAGCGCCUCUCCAAGCGGCCAGGUCUUGCUGGACAUGGAAGUCUUGGCUGUGGACGGCAAUUGGUCGGCGCGACCGGCAAAUCCGCCCAUCUCCGGUACACACAAAGCACACGGCUUUGCUGGUCGGCUUCUAUCGACCGUCGAGGUAGCCGAGGGCGCCUUUGUUGCCACUGCCUUUGUCAACAUGACGCGGGCCGUUUUGGGCUUGUCAGUGGUGGUGCUGCCCGACUCAAAUGCAAGCACUGGGGCAUAUUAUUUCUUGGGACGGGUGAAGGAUCCAGUAGAGCAACGCGUGACACCACUCACCGCGCCCAUCAUCAUGGGAUCAGGAGCACAAGAAUUGUUCGAUUUUGGCCCCUACGUGGCUUGGGAUACCCUCAACACCUCCAACCUUGGAUGCUACCACAGUUUUCACACCCUCAUCAACAGCGUCCGAGCUGUCAACCUCUGCCCCCACCGGCUGGAUUGGGUUUCGCCUGUUGCUUCCAAAUAUGAACCGUUACACCAUGGACAGAGCAAGCGUGCGGCAGGCCGUAGCGUUGUCUCUCGGAUUAACUGCGACCUGGUCAUUCAAGAGGAACCCGUACCCAUUUCCACAACAACGCAGGCCGCGGGCACCGGUCAACUUGGUGCUUCAUCCAGUGACAGCGGCAGCCCUCCAGGUUGGGUUCUGGGUCUGAUCGGAGCAGUGGCUGGCUUGGUGAUUUUGGUCAUUGCUUCGGUUUGCUUGCUGCGCCAACGCUCGCGUCGCGCAAGAGACCAGACCGACAAAUUUGAAGCAGAAGCCGUGGAGUUACAAGGGAUCGACGGCGUCGGACUGGUCGGAAGUGUGAGUGCGACCACUGCCCUCACUAGCGAUUCGAGCCGUGCAUCCCCCAUCUCGGUGCAAGAGGAAGUUGAGAAAGACGAGAAGGAGCUGGUUGUGUUGGAGAAAGCCUCUGAUUUGUCCGAAGUAGAUGGAGCCAUUCCAUCAACGGUCAAACCACAUCUUGAAGCAUCGAGCGAGGUGGUAGCUCAGGAUAAGCCUGAAAUGCUGCAUGACCCGCUCCACUUGAGCUUGCCGCUCGCGCUACCGUCUAUGGUGGACGAAAGUCUACUCUCAAGUGACCACGAGAGGUUUUCGCUGGAGGCUGAUUUGGCGCAAGCCAAGACAGAAAUGCUAGCGCGCCUGAAUCGAAGCUUGGCCAGCCAGGCGCUGCUCGGGGCUUUUGAGGAGAGCGUUGGUGAUGACCCCACUUGCCCAGACAGUCAGGUACCUGAGCCCCUGUCGCCGGAAGAGGUCGACAGUCUAUUUGCCGAGUAUGCUGCGCAUAACGGCCUCUACAGCGCUACGUAUGCUGAUUUGGAGGCCCGCGGCUAUCUCCGCAGCGCCGUCGAAGGCUAUUUGCAGCGGCACUUUGCACGUGCACCGGACAAAGACCGGCUGUCCAUGACACCAUCUCCCCACAUGUACGAGACACCCGUGCCUGGCGGCGUGCCUGAGCCUGCGCUGUAUGACAAUAUCUCGGCCUCGGCACGGAACAACAACCCAGUGCGGCCACUGCACCGCGCUGAGCUUCCGAACAGCCUGACUAGCAAGCACACCGAUCCACCAGCCCCUCGGGCGCAGCCAGCGGCACGCCAGCACUCCGCUUACAGCGAAGUGCCACACGUCGCGAGGGGCUUGCGUCCCGGAGAGCCUGUACAUGAAUAUGAAGCGGUAAACUCGAACACCGAUCCAGCCCUAUACGACCUAGCCCUCCCAGCCAACGGCCCAUCCUCCAGCUCGCCCCUGUAUGAUCUCGCGAUGCCGGGACAAGCUACUAUUGACGAUAAUCAUCAACCCCAGCCUGUUGAUCACCACCACGGUGGCGAACGCGAGGCGACCUUGUACGAUACGGCGGCUGGUAGCGGCCUGGAAUCCAAAUGGGCCAACCCUUCUGAUUCGGCGCCAGCCAUAUAUGACCUGGCCACGCCAAAUCUGACCGUGCAACCACAGCCCUUCGAUCAGACACACGGCCAUGUUUCGGGCGGAUCGGCGGCGCCACGGUUGCCGCAGUCAGGUGUCGAGUCAAGUCAGGCCACCUUCAUGGCACUGUCCCAUGUUGAUACCGCUUCGGAGGAGCCCACGGCCGUGGAGCCGCCUAAGCGAAAACUUUUUGAUAUUGAUCGUUUGGUGGCACAGGUCAACGCAGGUGGAUACCGGCGAGAGGAGGCCGCGGAGCGGGUACGGGUGCCUUCGGCAGCGCAACGAGAGGAGGAUCUUUUGGCCGAGUUACUUGUGCCAUCCGUACGACGCCGCUUUCGCGAGCAGAUGGAGUUGACAGCUGCUCCCAGCAUCCCUGACUCAAAUCCAGAGUACGAGGAGUCAGAAAUGCUCUAG